AUGACUGAAGAAGAACAGGAAAUAUUUACUGAGUUGAUCACAAAUGCUAAACAAUUAACAACAGAAGGGAAAAUAAAGGAUGCAUUAGAUUUGUACAGACAGGCACUAAAGAUGCAUUACCAUGAAAAACUAGCCAAAAAGAUAGGAAAGAUGGAGGCAUACCUUAAAGAAACAGGUGAAGAUGGAGAUACUGGAGACAGAUCUGGGUCAAGUUCUACGGACCCGCUAGAUGAGAACCUUUCUGAAGAGGACCAGGAGAUCUACAAUCAGAUGAUAUCUGGUGCUAGAAAUCUGGUGGAGCAGGGCAACAUUAAAGAGGCUUUGGACUUAAACAAGGAAGCUUUAAAGAUAUAUCACAGUGAAAAACUUGCCAGGAAAAUUACUAAAAUGGAGAUGUUUUUAAAGACCAGUGGUAAUCAAGGUACAGGGAAUAUUAAGAGUCAAGGUACACCAAAGGCAGAAACUGCUCAGAAAGAGAGCAUUUCAGAUGGAAAUAAUGAAAUAUUCAGCCAGCUUAUUCAAACAGCCAAGCAAUACACUGAAGAAGGCAAAAUAAAAGCGGCAUUAGAACUUUAUAGAGAAGCUUUAAAGAUUAAUCCCGAUCAUGACAAACUUGCUAAGAGAAUAGCCAAGAUAGAGGUAUAUUUAAAACAAAAUGAGGAGCAAACAAAUCAUAGAACUGAUGAUGAUGUUGAUGCAACAAAAGAAGAAACAAAACCAGAGUCAAUAGGAGGAACUCCAUUUAAAGAAAACAUUUCAGAAGAUAAUAAAGAAAUAUUCGACCAGCUUGUUCAGACUGCCAAGCUGUACACAGAUGAGGGCAAAAUAAAAGAUGCUUUAGAACUGUAUAGAGAAGCUUUGAAAAUAAACCCAAACCAUGACAAACUGGCUAAGAAAAUAGCCAAGAUUGAAAUUUAUUUAAAGGAAACAGAAGGAGAGACAUUUUUAAGUGAACAAAAGGUUACUGAAGAACACAAGCCAUCAAAUAAAGAAAAAUCCAAUGUUCCUUCAGAGACACCAAAGAAAAAAUCUGUUUCCCAGGAGGAUCAAGAGAAUUUCAAUCAACUUGUUCAAACAGCAAAACUAUACACUGACGAAGGCAACUUAAAAGGUGCUCUAGAAUUAUAUCGAGAGGCAGUAAAAAUCUAUAGCAGUGAAAAGUUGACAAAGAAAAUAUCAAAGAUUGAGGCAUAUAUCAAAGAAAACUAUGAAAAUGAAGCAGAAGUAAAUAACACAGAACAAAGUUCAAAUGGAGACAUCAAACCAAGUGUCACAAAGACACCAGGAAAAUCACAGAAUAAUCAGAAUGAACAGGACAAAUUUAACAAGCUUGUUCUGGAGGCCAAACAGCUCAUUGGUGACGGAAAAGUCAAAGCUGCUCUGGAUUUAAAUAGACAAGCAUUAACCAUCUGCCACAGUGAAAAAUUAGCAAAGAAAGUUGCUAAAAUGGAACAAUACCUGAAAGAACAUGGAAAUGAAGAAGAAGGCAAUGACGAGGAGAAUAAUGGAAUGGUGCAUGUUGGGAAUGGUUAUUUCAUGUACAAAGAGUUGUUUGAAAAGUUAUAUGAUCAUCAGAAAGAGGCUGUUUUAUGGAUGUGGGGUUUACACAAGAAGCGAAAGGGAGGAAUUCUUGGUGAUGAUAUGGGACUUGGUAAGACUAUACAGGUAAUAUCAUUCCUGUCAGGAUUGUUUGAUAUGGACAAAGUCAAGUCGGUACUCAUUGUUAUGCCAGUCUCUCUUAUUGUUAACUGGGAAAAAGAAUUCCAAAAAUGGGCACCAGGUAUAAGAGUAGAAGCUUACCAUGGUAGUAGUAAGAAGGAAAAGGAAAGAGCUCUUGGUAAAGUACAAAGACGGGGAGGAGUUCUCCUGACAUCUUAUGGACUGGUAGUCACUAGCUCAGAAGUUAUUGGAAAACAAGAUGGAAGAGAGUUUGUAUGGGACUAUGUGGCCCUUGAUGAAGGACACAAAAUAAAGAAUCCAACAAAAACUACAAAAGGUGUCCAUGCAAUUCCUGCCAAGAAUAGAAUUAUACUAACAGGGACACCGAUACAAAAUAAUUUGAAGGAACUAUGGGCAUUGUUUGACUUUGUACACCAAGGCUCAUUGUUAGGAACAGCCAGAACGUUUAAAAUGGAGUAUGAAAACCCCAUUACCAGGGCCAGAGAAAGGGAUGCUACAGUUGGAGAGAGAAAAUUGGGACAGGAAAUGGCAACUAGUUUAAAGAAGAUUAUUGCUCCUUAUUUUUUACGGAGAACUAAGGCUGAAGUGACAGAGACCAAAGAUGGCGUAAAAGUAGAUAACUCUGACGAAGGCGUUGGAAAAAUGCCAUCUUUAACAAGAAAGAAUGAUUUGAUAUUAUGGGUAUUCCUUACUCAGACACAACAGAAAAUUUACCAUGAUUUCUUGUCUUUGGACACUGUAAAAGAGUUACUGAUGACAAAGAAAUCACCAUUGGUAGCAUUAACUGUUCUGAAGAAAAUAACAGACCACCCCAGAUUACUAUCUACAAGGGCUGUAGCUCAGCUAGGUCUAGAGGAUCAUGGUCUUGAUGAGGACCAGUUAGAAUCUGAGGAGGCGUACCUUAGUGCUGUCAAUCAAAUUAAAAAUGUUGAUGAUCAGAUACUCAUUAACGAGUCAGGGAAACUCAUAGUUCUGGUGGAGUUACUUGACAAAUUAAAAGAAGAAGGACAUAGGACAUUAGUGUUCUCCCAGUCCAGGAAACUUUUAGAUAUCAUUUAUAAAGUCAUUUCCAAUAGAGGACACAUGGUGUUGAGAUUAGAUGGGACAGUAACACAUUUGUCUGAGAGAGAUCAAAGAAUGCAGAAGUUUCAGACAGAUGAAAGAUACUCUGUAUUUCUAUUGACAACACAAGUUGGAGGUGUUGGAUUGACUCUAACGGCAGCAGACAGGGUGGUUAUUUAUGAUCCAAGUUGGAACCCUGCGACAGAUAACCAAGCUGUAGACCGAGCCUUUAGGAUAGGACAGGAGAAGAAUGUUGUCAUCUACAGGUUGAUUACUUGUGGAACUGUUGAGGAAAAGAUCUAUAGAAGGCAGAUAUUCAAAGAUUCUAUCACAAGACAGACAACAGGAAACAGUACAAACCCCUACAGGUAUUUUACCAAACAAGAAUUAAAGGAGCUGUUCGAGCUUAAUAAUUCACGGGUAUCAUCUACACAACAACAGUUAGAAGAAAUGCAUAGUGGCUUCAGGAAGACAGAUCAGUCAUUGGAUGCUCAUAUAGCAUAUCUAUACUCUCUAGAUAUAUUUGGUAUAUCUGACCAUGACCUCAUGUUUGGUAAGGUCAAGGACAAUGUGGAUGAUAUUGAUGAGGACAAUCAAGAAGAAUGCCAAGGCAAUGACUAUAUUCAGGCCAGGGUACAAAAAGCUCAGGAGCUUUUGCAGAUGGAAUCUAAUCUGUCUCAGCCAAUGUCACAAUAUCCAUCAGAGGGCCAAUCAAACAGACCCAGAGGACCAUCUGAGUGGAAUAUGCCUACAGUAACAUCUGUUCCAGAUGGAGGUCCAGAUGACGUUAUUGACCUUAAUAAAGAUGAUGACAAUGUUGAUGAAGAUUCUGAUGAUGAUUCUGAUACAGAAAUGGUUGAUCUGACAGAAACACCACAGAAAAAGACUUCUGAAGACGAAAGACAGAGAGUGCCACCUAUUGGUCAUAUCAAACAAGAAAUAUUUCAGGAGAUCGAUGAUGAUUUACCAAGUUUAAGUUCUAGAAACAUAAAACGAGAAGAAUCAAGCCCUAGGAUUAAAUUAGAACCAUCUGAUCCGGCAGUAAAAAAGGAACCAGAAAGUCCGGGAAUAAAUUCAGAAAAUUCUCACUCAGAGUUUAUUGAUGUAGAAAUUAAGUCCGAACCCAAAAGUCACAUACAGCAAUCUGAACCUAUUUGUUUGGACUCCGAUGAAGAAAUACAAGACAGUAAUGAAACUAAUGAAAGUUUUUCAAAGGGAAAUGACAAAACAGAAGAAAUUCUAAUUGAAAAUAAUCAAGAAAAUAGUGUACAUGGAAACCAUGAUAAUAAAAAUAUAAAUAUGGAAAAUGAAGAUGAUAUUCAGAAUUUAGAAACCAGUUUGUCAAAUAUUCAUUGUGAUGAUGAUGUCAUGAUGACAUCACCAUCAAAAACACCAAUGAAAAAGCAGACUGUAGAAAUGAUGAUGGACUCACCUAUGAAGGUCGAUUCAAAUGAGAUUAAGAAUUUGUCUAUACUCAAAUCACCUUUGAGAAGUAUUGAAAAUUUGCAAGUGGAUUCUGAAGAGGAUAUGAAUACCUCUAUACAAAAAACACCAUUGAAAAGUAGGGGAAAUUUAAAUACUGAAUCAGAGGAUGCAGAAAUGGCAUCUCCUGCAUUGAAAUCUCCUGUGAAAACAAUAGAAACUAUGGCUAAAGGGUUAGGGUCAGCCGUAAAAUUGUUUGGAAAUCAAAUUUCAAAUACUGUUUCAAGCAUUGUUAAUAUGGUGACUCCAGAGAAACAGAAAACUCCUGCAAAGAAUAAAAGGAGGAGUGUAUGUGCAAGUCCAUGGUUGGCCAAAACACCCAAAGCUGGAAAAUCAAACGUUGUUAAUGAAGAAUUGCUUAUCUCCCCUGAUGCCAAUCGCCCAUUGAUGUCAGUUGGUAAAAAAUUUAAUAUCCCUUUGACAUCACAAGCGUUAACUGAAGCUAGAAUGAACUCCACAAUAAUGUCAGCAUUUGCUGAUAGUCCUGCUCUGGACAGUAGAUCUGCCGACAGCUCGCAUAGUAGUGGGGGGUCUCUUGGGGAAAAUUUUGUGGAGGAGUCACCAUCACCAAAGAAACGAUUACAUGGAGCCUUGGUUCAAGAUUCUCCUUUGAACAGCUGUGAUACUUCAAGGGCAGAAGAAUCUGCUAGUGUUGUCAUAGAUUCUCAACAAAAUACACCAGCUGUGAUCAGUAACAAAUCUGUGAUAAGUGACCUUGACAUUGACAGUACCCCUAAACGUCUUUCACACUCUAAACAAAGUACAAACUGUAUUGAUGAUUCCAUGAAUUACGAAUCAGAUGAAAGUGGUAAGUCACCUGAAAUUAAAUCAAUGGUUGAUGAAUCUGUAAAUAAUAAUUCAGAUGAAAAUGAGAACUCCCUUCAAUCUAAUCAAACUGUUGAAAGUCCUCUCAAUGAUAUGUCUGAUGAUAACAUUAAUGAAAGUCCUAUAGCUACUGUCAACAGGAAAAAGAGGAAAGCUGUCAUUGACAGUUCUGAUGAGGAUGAUAGUGAGGAGGAAAUUGUAGAUGAAGAAGAGGAAGUUUUAGAAAAAGGCGGGAAAGUUCAAAAACCUUCAAGGUCACGACACAAUGUAGUAAGUGAUGACAGUGACAAUGAUUCCAUAAAUGGUGCUAAACAAACUUCUAAAGUAAACAAAAAGAACUUGAUUGAAGAUGAAAGUGAAUCUGAUGAUGAGUAUGAUGAAGAUGACAGCUUUAUUGAUGAUGAUGAGGAUGAUGAAAUGUCAGAUGAAGAAGUUUCUGAAAGUGAGGAAGAUGAAUCUGAGGAAGAAGAUUUUGACAGUCUUUCAGAUGAUCAAAAGAAAAAGUUUAGCAGAUAUGUAAAGACAGGAAGGUCAAUGUACAAGAAUGGUAAUUAUAAUGAGGCUCUAGUGAACAUUCUACAAGCUCUAGAAAUCUUCCCACACAAUGAAGUCCAAGCUCUGGCUAUCAAGAUCAAUAAGAAAAUUGAAGAAUCUUAAAUUCUAGUCAGUGUAUUUAUUACAUGUUGUAAAGGCUUUCAUUUGAAUGUGGGAGUACUUGCUUGUGCAAAUAAAACCCUAUUGAGUCUUAUUAUUAUCUCUUUUAAGAACUUAUAUUCUUGAAAUUUCCUAAUCUCUAUAAUGAAAGUAAUUUCAAAAGUAAAAAAGAUCUGACAGACAUGAUAUGUGUAUAACUUUUCUUUGUUGCUGCUACAAAUGUUAUGAAUAAAUGAUUAUUUUGAGGAAAUUCUGUAGAUAUUUUAUACAGUAUCAAUUGUUUGUAAGGUUAGAAUUUAAUUUUUUCGUUAAAUUUUCAUAUUUUUGUGAUAUCAUGAGAAUAUUGUGUUCAAUAAUGGCCGCUUUUGGACUAUGUUUCCACAGUGCUAUAUUUUUCAACAUAGUGUUAUAUAUGAAUUUUGUUACCUUGUUACUAUAUGUUCUGUGUAUGUUUGACAUUAAAACAAGCAAGGGAAGAAUCUGAAAUAUUUUAUCCACAAUGUAUAUUUCAAGUCUUUUCAAUCACAAAAGACAUAAUGUGCUUUACAUCUAGAGAAACAAUUUUUGAUAAUGUUGCUGCAAUGGUUUUAGAGAACACAAAGACUUGAUUAAGGGCAUAUGAUACACUUUUGAUCCCACAGUGAUUUUUUUACGAAAAUUUACAUACAAGCUAUUUUUCACCUAGUCAAAUCAAAUAUGUAAUAAAAAAUAUACCUUCAUGUGCUACUUUAAGAGAUAAAUGGGGUCGAAAUUUUAGACAUUUACUAAAAAUUUUGUUUUUUUUGGACAUUUCUAUCCUUUGGAUAGACAUACCUAACUUUUUUGUUCCAAAAGAUAAACACUAGCAGAUUUUUGUAAAAACAUUGGGAAAAUCUUCUUAACAUAAGUAUGCUCUAAAUUCGUAUAACAAUUCUUUGGAAAUAAUUAAUUUUUAUCAAAGUUUCAUGAUUUUAGAGUAAAAAGCAUUUUUUGCUGUAUAUUUAUCUAAUUUUUAAAAAAAUCAUCUGUGACUUUUUUAUAAAAAUUGGCACAAAUAAUCUUCAUAUGUUAUAAAAUCUAAUGUCAUUUUAAAUAAAAAAGAGGGGUCCAUGAACUCAUUUUCAAGUUAAAUCAGUCUGAAUGAUAAAAAUCAGUUGAAAAAUGCAUCUUUUCCCACUAUGUCACAGUUUGACGUCGCGAAAAUAACAAUUUACGUUAGCAACGUCAUUACCUCCCCUAUAACUGUAUCGUAUGCCCUUAAACUUUUAAAUAGAUAAAUGUCAUAAAUGUUUUCUUGUUUUUUUUGGGGGGGUACUUUUCAAGAAAUGUGUGAAUCACAAAAUAAUGUUUGGUUUAUAUGGGGUGGACUGUUGUAUGAAUUUUUAUGAGACAUAAAUAAAGAGACUGAAAUCUGAA